AUGGCUGCUUCUCCUAAGGAAAAACUAGAAUAUUAUUGUUACGCUAUGGACGAUACAGAAAAAAGUUAUAAGGAGUCUUUAGUCGAUAAUAAAGGACCUCCCCAUAAGGGAAAUGUUCUUUUAGGAAUAGGACUGUUCUUUUUUAUUUCCUAUUUUUUUGAACGACUGGGUUUCUUUCUUGUUCUUUCCCUGACGGUGUACCUGAAGCUUCUGGGAUUCAAAGGCGGCACAGCUGCUCAACUCUCACAACUUUUCUGGACUUUAAACAGUUUGGCUUCCUUACUUUUCUGCUAUUUGGCGGAUUCCAAGUGGGGUCGUUAUCAUGUUCUGCUUGCGAGUUUAAUAAUUGCAACUAUUGGCUAUGGGCUAAUUUCCCUUUCCUCUCAUCCGGUUAUCGAUAAAACUUGGAUAUUUUUUAUUGGCUAUGUUGCUUUUGCUCUCGGCGCAGGUGGCUCACGACCCCUUCUAACCGUUUUAGGGGCCGAUCAAUUUAAUGUUAACGAUGCCAAGCAAGUGAAACAGCAGAAAGACUUCUUUCAGUAUUUUUAUAUGUUUGGGAAUGUCGCCGCCGCCUUAUCAUCGGGACUUAUUUCUCAUUACGCCUCUGGAGGAUUCGGAGGCCCCUCAGGAAGACUUAAUUAUUUUUACUCCUUCAUAAUAUCAGUAGCCUCUUACGUUGCCUCUUUAUUACUCAUCCUUUUAGUUUCCAGGAAAAUUUACAAGCCCGCACACUCCGGCUCGGCUCUUACAAACUUUAUACGGAUUUGCUAUUAUUCGGCCUGUAGAAGUUUUUACGGCUUUUUGGUGUGUCUUGGUUUCCUACUGCAAUUUUUUAGCCUAGGGCUAUCUACCAUAACCCUUGCAGUGGACCACGUUUCCCUCAGCGCUUUAGGGGUGUCCUUGUCAUUUAUCGGGUUGGGCCUCAUGAUCUUUCUUAACGACAACAGCUGGUUACGGAUUGCCGCUAAGAGCGGCCGCUUUAGCGAGCAGUUCAUUUUUGAGUCGAUGGAGCUUCUCAAACUUUUCCCUUAUAUUGCAUUUGCAGCCAUGUUUUGGUGCGUUUACACGCAGAUGUCGUCCACGUUCCAGUUGCAAGGUUGUCAAAUGGAUACUACACUAUUACGACCGGGCCAGUUGCCCAUGCCAAUUGGUGUGACUAUUAUUGCUAUGGUGCCGGUAUUUAACUUAGUAAUAUUUCCACUCUUGGCCCGCACGGGCUGCCCCGUGACGCCAUUCCAGCGUAUAGGCGCUGGUCUCCUCGUGGCGUCGUUAACGAUGGUUGUUGCAGGCACUGUCGAGAUAUACCGCCGUGGAAGCCCUUAUACCAACAAAUUGAGCGAGUGCUCAUACCGUGAAGGCACUCCAAAACCAUUUCAAAGUGACUUGAGCAUCCUUACGAUGAUUCCGCAACUCGUGCUAUCCGGUCUUGCGGAAAUUCUUGCUGCUAUUACUUUUAGCGACUUUUAUUAUGUCGAAGUUCCUAAUAACGUGCGUUCUGUCAGUCAGGCACUUAGUUUAUUGGCAAUCUCUUUUGGAGCAACUAUUAAUUCGAAUCUUAUCAAAGUUUGCGAGUCGACUGGUUAUAUUCGUGACAACUUAAACCAAGGAAAUUUAGAAGUUUUUUAUUUUAUCAUUUUUGCUCUUGGAUUGCUUAACUUCGUGUUUUUCCUUAUUGUUUCGAGACGAUAUGUGUAUAAUCCAAAACGGAACCACAGCGGGUCAGUCCAACUGGUUUUUACCAUUUCUAAGAGCCUAUCGAUACGUGUGUCUCUCAUAAAACCUUCUAUAGUACAUGCGGACCCUGGGCCUGGGGCUUCGUUGAAGCAGAUAGAGAUACGAAUAUCCAUGAAGCCCAAAGAAAAAGCACCAAUGGCGCCUAAAGAUCGUAGAGGGUGGCAUGACCCCAGGAAAGGCAGGCCUUCAUUCGGCCAUUAUUUUUCAAAUACGGACGACUUUCUAUCGCUCACCUUUGAUAAUGCACCCAGUAUUGAUACAGGGAAUUUAAUACCUGCUCAUAGGCUUAGGCUGACACAAAGUGAACUAAUUAAGGGUUAUGACACCACCUUGAGCUCUCCGAAUCCUUCAAUGAGCUUUUGCCAUAGCGAUCUAGGCUAUAGCCCGGCAUUAUCUAAAGUUAGAUCGCUAUCGUACACCGAACGAAUGAUCGUACUUAUACAGGCCUCCAUACAGAUGCUUAUUCCUUGA